AUGAACAGAGAAAAUGCGCGUAAACUCGAUCGUCGAAUGAACGUUGUGAUUAUCUCAACUGUUGUUGUACCGAUAGAGCGUAGUAUUAAAUGUAUCGUUGAGUUCAGUCACAAAGUAAACAACUUAAAGAGAGUUAAGAAAAAUGAAAGUUCAAUCUGUUCUCGGUGAUUUGGUGCCAUCUGAUUUGGGCAGAACUCUUACGCAUGAACAUUUAUCAUUAGAUUUCCAUCACUUUUACUUCGAUGCCCCGAAGCAUUUGAGGAGCUAUGUAACGGAUGAAAAGAAAAUUUCGCUUGGAAAUGUAGGAGUUUUGCGCCAAUAUCCAUACUCAAGUCACUACAAUAUCCAAUUCUGUGACGAUGACACCAAUGAAAAAGUAAUCGAAGAUCUGCAUCUGUAUAAGAAAUGGUGUGGAGGCAAUUGUACAAUUGUCGAAAAUACUACGACCGGAAUACGACGUGAUUUGAAAUUUUAUCGUAAAGCUGCAUUGGAAACUGGAGUGAAUGUCGUUGCUGGAACGGGACACUAUCUAGAAAUGACACAAAAAAGCGGUGAACUAUCGCUUACCAUUGAGCAAAUGUCCGAACUUUACACAAAAGAAAUAGUGUCUGGUGUUGAUGUGAGUAGCGCUCAUGACGGAUCCGACAUUAUCAAAUGUGGAUUCCUUGGAGAGAUUGCCAGUAAUUGGCCCAUAACUGAUUUUGAGAAGAGGGCCAUUCAAGCAUCAGCGGAAGUCAGUGCAACACUUGGAUGCGGUGUUACAUUCCAUCCAGCUCGAGAUCCUCGUGCACCGUUCGAAGUCAUUCGCUUGUAUUUGGAAGCCGGUGGCAAGGCUGAUAAAUGUAUUAUGUCACAUUUGGACCGUACAAUCCAUAAUAAUGACACGUUAUUGGAGUUCGCCAAACUCGGUGUUUACAACCAACUCGAUUUAUUUGGAACGGAAUGCUCCUUGUAUCAAUUCGCCAUGCACCUUGAUAUGCCUUCCGAUGCUCAACGCAUGGAUUCGGUCAUUGUACUCGCCAAAGCCGGAUAUGAAGAUCGUAUCUUAAUGUCCCAUGAUAUCCAUACGAAGCACAGACUUCUUGGUUUUGGUGGCCAUGGAUAUGCACACAUUCUAAACAAUGUAUUGCCCAAACUCAAACUUAAAGGAUUGACUGAAGAUCAAAUAGAAAAAAUCACUGUUACAAAUCCAGCUAAUUGGAUCGCAUUCAACAUUUGAACAUUGUUAACAGAAAUAUUUAAGCGACACAUUUUUUGUCACAUUUUAAUGUUUUGAGCAUCCAAUUUUUUAGUCCGAAUAUUAGAAUUUUUUCAACAAAAAUAUAAUUUAUAAGGAAAUUAUUUUGAAAAUGAAGAAAAUUUAAAACUAAUUCGAAAUCAAAUAAUCCGAAUAAAAUUUAAAACUAAAUUGAAA